AUGGCCGCUUUUUCAGGAUUUCCAAUGUUCAUGGGCACUUCGCAGCGCAGUAUGCACUUGUUAAUGGCCAAUUCGCCAAGAAAUAUAUCUGUAACAGUAUCGCCUUCCAGUUAUCUGGAUCUGUUCACAUCCGAAAAAAUCGUUUAUCUCAGCCCCCAUGCAGAAAUUGAUCUGGAAGAAGUAGACGGCUCGAAAGCAUAUGUUUUGGGCGGUAUUGUGGAUCGUGUGGCGCAACAUCGUUUACAUCCACAUGCUACUUUGCUAGCUGCACAAGAAGAUCAGGUGGAAGCGCGUAGGCUGCCAAUUGAUAAAUAUAUCAAAUGGAAGUCCGGCUCGAAAAGUUUAACACUACUUGCAGUUGCUUCAAUCCUGUACAGCGUAUAUGAAUCUGGUGGCGAUUGGGAGCAUGCAUUUAAAAAGUAA